UCGACAUUCAAGCCAAAAAAAAUUGUUUGCAGAAAUAAAAACUAUCCGAGCAUCACAUGUUUUUUUUUUUCAAAUCAUAUUUCCCGUAAAUUUUAAAUGCAUCUCGUUCAUUCUUUUCACAGUCAUUGUCCCGUGUUUGUCUGGACGUCCAGUGUAUUCGUUUGUGUAAAAUAGUUCAAAAUGGGCGUAAAUCAUGAAAAUAACCCAAGUGAAAUACAAAGUCCAAUGGAGGCAGUAGUCGAUACGAAAGGCGAAUGUAAAACUGAUUUAUUAGAAAAGGUUUUAGCUAGAUUUUGGGAAAAGGAAGCGGUCCAUAUUAAAAACGCUAAAACCGAGCCUGCUACGUCCAAGGGAACCAACUUCACUUCAGACGUUUGGAGAGUCAAUUUCACAUACACCGUAGAUGACGGUAAAGAUCCUCAUACGGAUUGUGUCGUGGUGAAGACGAGGCCAAGCUGCGAGGAAACUCGCAAAUUGAUGCAUACCAAAACGGCCUUCACCAACGAGAUUUUCGCCUACGAACAUGUGAUACCAGCAUUGAGUUUUCACGUAGGUGUACCCCUUCGUGUACCCCAAUUUUACCAUGGAAACGACAACAGUAUCGUCUUCGAAGAUAUGCAGAAGAGGUCGUUCAAAACCAUCAACAAGAAGCUAGCUGUCGAAUGGAACCAAGUUUGGUCAGCUAUAGAGGAAAUGGCGAAACUGCACGCCGCCUCCAUAGUCAUGAAGAAGACGGCUCCGGAGAAAUUCGAAGCGCUCACCAAUUCCAUCAUCAGAAUACCGGUCGAGGACACCGAACCACUGGGCGACAGGCAACGCAACGCUCUGGACACCAUCCUGAAAGUUUUGGAAGAGUCCAAGACCCCGGAAGCCACCAAACUGAUCGACAUGCUGAAACCGAUAAGCCAAAACGCUUGGCUGCGUCAGAAGGACAUCAUUGACGACGAGGUACCGAUCAGGGUCAUCAACCACGGAAGCGUCUGGAUCAACAACCUCCUCUACCGCAACGAUAUGAUCACCCUGCUGGACUGGCAGCACAUCGUCUACAGUUCCCCAGCGCACGAUCUCAGCUUCUUCCUCUACGUCAACAUCGACACCGACUUCUUGGCCAAUAAGAAACAGAAACUGGUCGAUUUCUACCUGUCCAACCUGCACCAGUUCAUCUUCGACGGCUGCGUGAACAAAAUCACCGCCGAAGAGCUGAACGAGUUGCUGAAGCCCCUGACCAGCGAGUGGAUCAAUGCCGAGCUGAAGAGAUUCAGCAUUUACGGCUUCAUGAUGGCCCAGUGGAUAACUCCGGUGUUCUAUUGGAGCGAGGCUGUGUUCCAGACCAUCGCCGAGAAGGGAGGCUUGGAGAACAUGUCGGUGGAGGAUAGGAUGAAGCACAUGACAUCUGAUCAGAGGGAUAGGAUGAUCAAGCUCACCAAAUUAUUCGCCGAAGAGUCUAAGUAGAUAGUGGUUGAACUAUUAUACUAUUUGUUCUAUGUCAUGAUGUUUUCCUUUUAAUUCAAAACUUUCCAAAGAGUGUUAUAUAAAAUUUUUUAUAUCGAAAUAAAUUUUCUAUAUGAUUUAUA